AUGGUCAACGCUCGCAGCCGUACAAGCCAGGGCUGCGCGCGCCCACAGCAGCUGCCCCGCGCGGCGCAGGCGGAGCAGGCGCCACCAGCGGCGCAGGCCGCCGCCCCUGCGCCUCCACUCCCCCUCGCCCCCGCCGACGGCCCGCAGCAGCAGCCCCACCGCACCGCCGCCCAGCCCGCCGCCGCAGACUCGGCCCCCGCCGCGAGCCGCUGCCCGGUCCUUGCGGCGCUGCCGCCGCCGCCGCGCGCGUCCGUGCCCCUCUGGCGGCGCAUCGAGCAGUUCACCAACCCGCCGGCCUUCCAGGCGGCGCUGCUGAAGGACCAUGACAUCGUGUACACCCCAGAGCAGAUGGGGUUCCCCGAGCUGGUGGUCCCGGGCACCGCUGACAUGGUGCGCGCCGCCCUGGCGCGCGAGGGCGACAUCACCGGGCCGGCCAGGUUCUUCUCACUGGGUGAGCCCAGCCCUGGCGUGCGUGGCCCCGGCGGCGGCUGCCGCUUCCGGGAGUGA